AUGUCCCUCGCUCUCAAAACAGCAGCUUCCCAUGCUGGUCGAAGAACAGCAUUUUCUUCCCAACUUCGCCUGACGGCCUGCCGCUCCCUACACACCUCGAAGCCUGUCAGACAGGCUGAACCACAACAGUAUUCCACACCCACGCCAACGGCGACAGAGCCCAUAACCUCUUUUGCCAAGCAGGGCUCUAUGCAACUGAGUCUGGAGACACCGCAGAAUAAAGCUGAAUAUGUUCUGUCGACGCUGGAUAAAGUUAGCAACUGGGCAAGGCAGGGGUCUAUGUGGCCUAUGACGUUCGGACUUGCCUGCUGUGCAGUGGAGAUGAUGCACAUGGCUGCUGCGCGCUAUGACCAGGACAGACUUGGUGUCGUUUUCCGAGCUAGUCCUCGGCAGAGCGAUAUUAUGAUUGUCGCUGGAACACUAACCAACAAGAUGGCUCCUGCUCUACGAAAGGUGUACGACCAAAUGCCCGAACCCCGUUGGGUUAUCUCCAUGGGUUCUUGUGCCAAUGGCGGCGGUUACUACCACUACUCGUAUUCUGUCGUCCGUGGAUGUGAUCGGAUCGUUCCGGUGGAUAUUUACGUGCCUGGGUGCCCCCCAACAGCGGAAGCGCUUCUGUAUGGAAUGCUUCAGCUGCAACGGAAGAUGAGGCGAAGCCGGAAAGGAGUCCUUUGGUACCGUAAGUAA